AUGGCUCUUAACUUGGACGAAUGUUACGAGCUUGUUCUCGGAUUGGUGGAAACUGCUGGAAGCCUGAUCGCUGCCAGAAACUCCCAGCGGAAACGCGUGGUAGAAAAGUCGAGCAAUAUCGAUUUGCUGACCGAAACCGACCAACAAGUGGAACGUAUGCUGAUGGAAGGAAUCACGGCAAACUAUCCGGACCAUAAGUUUAUCGGUGAGGAAGAAACGAGCGAAGGGAAGAAGGCCGAACUGACCGAUGCACCUACCUGGAUUAUCGAUCCAGUGGACGGAACGAUGAACUUUGUGCACAGUUUUCCGCAUUCGUGCAUUUCCAUUGCACUGCUGGUGGAGAAGGUGGCGGAAAUUGCCAUCAUCUACAAUCCAAUCGUUGGCCAAAAGUUUACGGCCCGUCGUGGCAAGGGCGCGUUUUUAAACGGCAAUCCAAUCCGUGUGUCCGGCGAAACGGCGUUCGAACGGGCCCUAGCAACAACGGAAUUUGGAACAUCCCGGGAAGAGGAAAAAACACGCGUCGUGCUAGAGAACAUUGGAAAGCUUGUGCGACAGAUUCAUGGCCUUCGAAGCCUUGGUUCGGCGGCACUCAAUAUGGCUAUGGUGGCACUCGGUGGGGCAGACUUUAAUUACGAGUUUGGCAUUCACGCCUGGGACAUUGCGGCGGGAGAUUUGCUGGUGCGGGAAGCGGGAGGCGUUUGUCUCGAUCCUGCCGGUGGUCCACUGGACCUAAUGUCUCGCCGGGUGCUCUGUGCCAGUACGCAAGAACUUGCCGACAAGGUGGUGCUCGCACUGACGCAAUUCUAUCCUGAACCGAGGGAUUAG